AUGACUUCUACCAUCGCAAACAAAGCUUCAUCCAUUCCUCCAGGAAUCUACUGUCCAGUUAUCUCGCUCUACAAACCCACCGUCAGACAAGAAAUUGAUUAUGACGCGUCAUACAAAUUUUUCUCGUACCUCAUCCGCGGCGGUGUCAAUGGCCUAGUUCUUGCUGGGACCACUGCGGAGGCAGUCCUACUGUCCGCCGAAGAAAGAAAAGAAUUGGUUAAAGUUGCCAGAAAGGCGUCCAUUGAUCUCGGUCGCCCAGAGUUCACUAUUGUCGCGGGUAUCAGCGGUCAGUCGACAAACGAGUCGAUCAGACUCGCAGAGGAUGCAUUGAGUGCGGGCGCAAGCUUUGGAUUACUGCUUCCGCCGAGCUAUUGGGCCAAGGCUGUUACCAAAGAUGCUAUGCUUGGGUUCUAUCGAGACGUUGCGGACGCAACAACAUUACCAGUGGUGGUUUACAGUUUCCCUGCAAUGUGCAACGGGAUAGAUAUAAGCUCCGACACGUUAUCUGAUCUCGCGCAACACCCAAAUAUCGUUGGGGUUAAAUUGACAUGCGGCAAUGCUGGUAAGGUGACCCGACUCACGCAGGAGUAUACCCAUGCUCAGUUCGCGGUCUAUGCUGGAUCAUCGGACUGGCUCAUUCCUUGUCUUGCUGGUGGUGGCAGUGGCUGCGUCACAGGCAUUGCGAAUGUGUUUCCUAAAUGUGUUGCGCAGUUGUAUUCCUUGUGGAACCAAGAGAAGAUCAAGGAAGCGAGGGAACUACAAGGGCUAAUUGCUCAAGCUGAAAAGGCAUGCAAGGAAGGCAUUGCAGCUACCAAGUUUGGCACUGCUCACUUUGCUGGCCCUCUCGCUGGUAUAACUGAAUCGAAAUGUUUCUGGCCUCGAAAGCCAUACGCCCCUUGUGGCGAGGAGAAGUCGGCUUGGGUGGUGAAGAUAAUGCAACAUUUAGUGGAGAUAGAGCAGAGUUUGCCAGAUGCUGUUUAG